UUGUUGACUGUGUCGCUCUUCUUGUCAGCAGCACUAGCGCGGAGUCAGUAGUUCAAAGUGCAGGGGAUCAUCACUAAUAUCUACCGAUGGAAAUCUUUUACUCGAUAUGUGUAGUUUAAGGUAAGUUUUGCGAUUCAACACAAUACAUUCGGAUACAUAUUAUUAAACCUCUCCGCGCGCCUGUUACAUCACCACAAAAUGCUUCAUCUUCUCACCGGACUCAUAUGCGUCUAUGCACUGACGUGUGUAAAAGUUGUCUAUGGACAAAAUGAAAAAGGUGAGCGUUUUAUAUGUACUGCAGUCCCCAUUGAUAAGGAUACAAGUUGCCCUGUGCAGUCUCUGCCUGUUCAAAGCUCGUCGGUCCAGGAGGAAGAACUGAGAAACACGGUCAUGCAACUUCGCGAGACAAUUUUACAACAGAAGGAGACAAUUGUCAGUCAGUUAGGAACGAUUAAAGAGCUGACGUCUAAACUGUCACGAUGCGAGUCUGACUCUGAAAUAUUUAGAAAAAUUAAUAAGGACACAAUGGAUGAUGUGCCUAAAGAUCCAAAUGACACCAUUGACGUUCUUGGAAAGACCAUGCAGGGUCUGAAGGAUCGACUGGAAAACCUAGAGCAACAGCAAAUGCGAGCCAAUAUCUCUGGUGCCUCCUUUCCUAAUGAGCUGAGAAAUCUACUGCAGCGUAGAUUGGAGGACUUGGAAAAUCAACUGCUGAAGAAGGUCAAUGAGCUCGAGGAAGAGAAGUCCCAGCUAUAUAAUGAGACUGUCGCUCAUCGCCAGCGCACAGACAAUACCCUCAACUCUCUCAUGAACAGGAUCUCUGAACUGGAGAAAGGAGGAGCUGGAUUCAAAUCACCAGAGAAUUUCAAGAUUUCUCUUCCUCUUCGCACUAAUUAUCUUUUUGGACAAGUAAAGAAAAGCCUUCCAGAAAUGUACGCCUUCACUGUCUGCAUGUGGCUCAAGUCAGGUUCGAGCCCCGGCAUUGGAACCCCGUUUUCCUAUGGAGUUCCCGGACAGGCAAAUGAGAUCGUACUGAUCGAAUGGGGCCAUAACCCUAUUGAACUGCUCAUCAAUGACAAGGUGGCACAACUCCCUCUAUCACUGAGCGAUGGGAGAUGGCACCAUGUCUGCAUCACUUGGACUACUAGGGAUGGGCUUUGGGAAGCCUAUCAGGAUGGCCAAAGAUUGGGCUCAGGAGACAAUCUGGCCCCCUGGCACCCUAUCAAGCCCGGAGGAGUCCUCAUCCUGGGCCAAGAACAGGAUGUAGUAGGGGGACGCUUUGAUGCCACCCAGGCCUUUGUGGGGGAGCUGAGCCACUUUAACAUCUGGGAUCGGGUCCUGCGCUCCACGGAUAUCAUCGCCAUGUCAAACUGCUCGUCCUACAUCCCUGGGAAUGUGGUGGCCUGGACCGACAGUAACAUCGAAGUGUUUGGUGGAGCCUCAAAGUGGCCGCUGGAGCUAUGUGAAGACCGGCUAUUUGACAAUUAAAAGUGUUUGUGGAUACUAGUAAGCCAUACUUUUCAUCUCAAAAAAAGAUUUAUCUUCAUCACUCAAACAAGAAGUAGCAAAUAGUUUUAAGAAAAAGCAACCUAUAUCAACAAUAUAUUUAAAUAUUCUUGGACAGAUUACAACAUACAGAUAAAUGUAAUAUUUCAGUUGAUAUAUUCAGUUGACAUAUCUGUGGCUGAGGGAAAUUGCCAUUACAGUAAUGUAAGUAAUGUACCAGAUGGUACUACCAUGGUAUUCUGAUAAAUACCAUGUUACUGAAAGAUCAUCAUGUUUAUGUACCAUGUAUUUAACAUGACACUCCAUUGUACAUUACCAUGUCACCUUGUUGGUGUACAGAAAAGCACACACACACAUGCUAGAAUAUAGCUGCAUUUAUGGCAUGUUGGAAUUACCGGAAUUAUGAGAUUACGACUUGUAAAAAGCGUUCAUGUCCUUGAAGAACUUAACUCUAAUUUUUAAAACUCGUCAUGUGGAAACACCCAAAAUGGCAGUGGCUUCAGCAGUAAAAUGUCACUAAGCAGUAUUUUGUAAUAUUUCUGUUUAAUAAUUCCUACAAUUGACUAAUGUCUUAAUAAUGCAAGAAUUAUCUAUAAAUAAAAACAAAUGAAAAACAAACAAGACUAAUGUAGCUGACACAAAGUUAGCAUAGAAUAACUUUGUAAUGCCCCGCUAAAUAAACUAUAAGUUUAAUAAGGCAUUUGCAUUACUUGUAUUAAGGUUUUGGCUAUUGAUAGCUAAAAUUACACAUUUACUUUGCCAUAGAAACACAUAAUUCUGAGUUUGAGGACAUGAACAGCUUCAAGUAGGAUGUCAUUGUGACAAUUGUGACAUGGCAUAAAUGUAGCAAAAGCUUUCAGAUUUUAUAUAGUAAAAGGGAGUGUUCUCACGUCUUUCCAUGUCCUCUGUGAGUGUUCAUUGUUGUCCUUAGGGAGCGUACUGUAAGUCACGUUUUGAUUACAAAGCUGUUUUUGAUUUGAAAAACAAGGCCACAUAUUAUAUAGGAAAAUCAUGUGCUAUACAAGUUAAAAGUCUGAAAUUUUGACUUUGGUAAGGGAGACCACAUUUCAGAUCACUUUUACAGUGGCGCCUUUAGCCUGUUUAGCAUUGGUUCAAACCAUCAGAGCAAAUAAAUACAUAUUUAUUUAAAAAAUAUUGAGAAUAAACUCUUUUUAGAGUCUAAAUAUGGUCUCUGUAUAUGCUGAGUGAAUUACCCAUUGAAGAUUAUAAAUGUUUUAACACUGUCAGAUAUUUUGAAGACAAUUAAUGAAUGAACUGUGAAUUAUGUUAAAAAGUCUGUUUCUUUGAAUAUAUGAUCAUAUUUUUAUACCCUGCUUUUAUAUCAGAUAUGUAAUUUAGUGUUGUUUUGUUUGUAAAUGCAAUGUCAAGAUACCCAUAUUUUGUUUAAUGAAAAGCCUUUUUUGUUUACUGUGCCAAUUAUUCAAGGUUUGCUUGACACUGCUAACCUGUAAUUGCCAAUGAAAAAUAAAGUUAG